AUGGGUACAGCCCUGGCUGUCACGGCCGAGGUACAAAUGUUGUUUGAUGCUUUCAAUAACAGAGCCUCAGCAGGAAACAGCAUUUUGGAAGCUAUGUCAAUGUCGCAGUCAAUUCUCGACGGGUCGAAUGCCCCAGUAGCUAUCGUCGGCAUGGGUUGCCGAUGGGCAGGCGGUGUCCGGGACGCGCCUGGGCUUUGGCAGCUUCUUAAAAACAAGCGUGACGGCUGGCGUGAGUUUGAGGAGCCUCGAUUCUCGACGAAGGGUUUCCAUCACCCUAACCAGGAUCGCCCGGGCACAAUGAGAACGCAAAGAGGGUUCCUCAUAGACGAUGAUGCUCGGCUUUUUGAUCACGCAUUCUUUGGCAUCACUGGACGUGAGACAGAAACGCUGGAUCCGUCUCAGCGCAAGUUGCUUGAAGUGGUCUACGAAGCGUUGGAGAAUGGCGGCGAGACAUGGGAUAGCAUUUCUGGAUCCCGCACAGGCGUUUAUGUUGGAAACUUCGCGCUGGACCACUUGCUGAUUCAAUCUCGCGACUGGGAGAACCCAAAGUCCUACGCUGCAACAGGCGCAGACACCAGUAUUCUGGCAAACCGCAUCAGUUACAUAUUCAACCUACAAGGCCCAAGUCUUGCCACAAACACGGCCUGCUCAUCGUCCAUGUAUGCCCUUCAUAUGGCCGUCAGUGCAAUUCGCAGCGGCGAUUGUGACUCGGCUAUCGUGGCGGCAGCCAACUGGAUCUCGGACCCUAGCCUCCAAAUCGUGUUAGAUAAACUUGGCGCGCUGUCUCCCACAUCCCGCUGCCACACAUUUGACGUCAGAGCGGAUGGGUACGCUCGAGGUGAAGGUUAUGCCGCCCUGUACUUGAAAAAGUCUUCGAUAGCGGUCGUCGAUGGAUCACCUAUUCGAGCAAUGAUCCGGGGAACAGCUGUCAACGCCAAUGGGCGCACUGGGGGUAUAACCCGUCCUAGCGCCGUUGGACAGGAAACUGUCAUCCGCAAAGCUUACGAGAACUCGGGCAAUCUCCCAUUCUCUGAUACAACGUAUUUUGAGUGCCACGGAACUGGCACUCCGGCCGGAGAUCCCAUAGAAGUGUCGGCUGUGGGGAACGUCUUCGCGUCGUCCAGGUCGGACGCGCCUAACGACCGUUUGCUUAUAGGAUCUAUCAAAACUAAUCUAGGGCACACUGAGGGUGCAAGUGCGAUUGCGUCAGUCAUGAAGGUCGUUCUGUCCCUGGAGGCAGGAGAGAUUCCUCCGAGUUACGGCAUCACGAUAUUGAAUCCGAACAUCGACUUCGACAGAGCCAAGGUCGACGUUGUUAAAGAUGGUACUAUUCCCUGGCCAGAAGGCAAGUUACGACGCGCAAGUAUCAAUUCUUUCGGUUUUGGUGGUGCUAAUGGGCACUGUGUAAUCGACCAUGUGAACGUCGUGCUUCCGGAUUAUGUGAAGCCUGGUGUUACGCAGAACUCUUCCAAUUACCUGAAUAUCGCAAAAGGCUGGGCGAUAAAUAGUCAUACCAGGAGCCAUACUAAUGUUGCGAAUGGACACAGUAAUGGCUCACUUAAUGGUCACACCAACGGCCACAACGGUGGUGUUAAUGGUCAUGCCAGUGCCUCAGUUAAUGGCCAUGCCAGCCCUGCGAAUGGUUACAGUAGUUGCUCACUUAAUGGUCAUACCGACGGCCAGCGCAAUGGACACCAUGCUGAACCCUCCCGAAAUGCAACAUCGCACAGUCCCAUUAUCAGACCACCACCGAAAUCAGCUGAACCAGACGUAACCACGCGCCAACGGAUAUUGCUUCCCUUUUCGGCUCACAUUGUAUCCUCACUCAAAGCAAACAUUGAUAUUUUGUCUCAAGUAAUUGAUCAGCAUUCACUGGCUGAUGUUGCGUACACACUCGCGUCUAGGCGCUCCAAACUUCAGCAGCGAUCCUUCCGCAUCGUGGACAAAGAUGACGUGGCGCACGGGCUGACUGUCGAUAGGCCCAUAUUCUCGAGUCCUGUGCAGACAAUCAAUGUCGGGUUUAUCUUCACAGGCCAGGGUGCACAGUGGCAUGCGAUGGGUGCGAAGCUCUUUGAAUAUCGGGUGUUCCGAACAACAAUUGCCUAUUUAGACGAAGUCAUUAGUGUCCAGCCCACACGCCCUCCGUGGUCCAUUGUAGACGUCCUCUCGGGCGAAUGUGAAGAGAACUGCAUUCAAACUCCGGAGGCGUCGCAGACUGCAUGCACUGCUGUGCAGAUAGGUAUGGUUGACCUUCUGGCCUCAUGGUCUGUCCGGCCUUCCGCGGUUGCUGGGCAUUCUUCCGGCGAGAUGGCCGCGGCCUAUGCAUCUGGUCACAUAACCGCGGCCGAAGCCAUCACGGCCGCCUUUCUCCGCGGCAAGGCAGUUUCGAAAAACAAGCAGCAGGGUGCCAUGCUUGCUGUGGGCCUGGGUCUGGAGCAGAUGUCUGAGUAUCUGGAUGGGAAACAAGAGGAAAUCCAGGUGGCGGCGAUCAAUUCGCCGGACAGCGUCACACUUUCUGGCGAGGCAGACGCUAUCGAGGUGCUUUCCGCUACCCUGAACCAGGAGGGCAUCUUCAACAGAACCCUCCGCACAGGCAGCAACGCAUAUCAUUCACAUCACAUGCGCCCACUUGGCCGCGACUAUAGUGUCAUACUUUCCGCCGGACUUGCUAAUAUCAAUCAACAUGGCAUGAGCAACGCAGGCCAGCGCUAUAGUCGCGUCCCAUGGAUCUCAUCGGUGACUCCGGACAAGGCCAUCCCAGACGAAAUCACAGAAGCCUACUGGAGAGCCAAUCUCGAAUCCCCAGUCAGGUUCUCUCAGGCGGUCUCCAAUAUGGUUCGCUUAGAAGACGCAACUGUGGACGCUCUUGUGGAAAUUGGGCCACAUCCUGCGCUGAAGAGUCCUCUGGAUCAAAUCUUGAAAAGUCUCGGAAUAUCUAUUCCUUAUAUCGCUUCAUUGAAACGGGGCGAGGAUAGCCGAGACUCAAUGCUGCAGCUCGCCGGCUCCUUAUUUGGUCUGAAUGCUCCGAUCGAUAUGGUUGCUGUAAACGCAAUGGAUGAUGAAGAUCAUAACGACAACAUGGGUCUUGUCCACGGGUGUACCGCCAUCGAUCUCCCUCCGUAUCAGUAUACCUAUGGACCUAUCAAUUACUAUGAAAGCCGCGUGAGUAAGGAGUACAGGCUUCGGAAGGUCAUCCGACAUGACCUUCUUGGUUCUAGAGUCCCCGGGACCACCCAGCUCCACCCCCAGUGGCGCAAUGUACUUCGCGUCAAAGAUCUCUCCUGGCUAGGUGACCACCGUCUGCUACCAGACGCUGUCUUCCCUGCUGCGGGAUUCAUAUGCAUGGCAGUAGAAGCCGCCUCGCGGAUCUACUACGAUGCUUUUGAAGAACCAUUACAAAUUACGGGUUAUACAUUUCGAAAUGUGAACAUUAAAUCGGCACUGAGGAUCCCUGAAGACGACGAUGGAAUAGAGAUCAUUUUCAACAUGGGGCCUGUGGAUGUGACGACACCUAACUCGCCUUCCUGGGUGAGCUAUACCAUUAGCAGCGUGGCACGGGAUUCAAACGAAUGGACCGAGCACUGCAGUGGACUUGUCAAAGUGGAAGUGUCUACGUCGUUAAUAUUGAAGGGCCGGCUGAAUACCGACUUGGACACCCGAUUCCCGGAUGUUCGCUCGUGGUAUAAACGGUUUGCUGCUAUCGGCAUUGGUUACGGACCAACGUUUCAGGCCCUGUCGGACAUCCAGGCCGACCCUAAUCAGAAUGUGGCCCUAGCCACUGUAGCGUUGAACACGACUGCGAACACCGUGCCGGGCGGAGAGUCAAGCUAUCCCCUGCACCCCGCUUCUCUCGACGCGACCUUCCAGCUGGGGCUUAUCGCUUGCUACGGAGGCCAGGUGGAGAAGGCGAGCACUGCGUUUGUCCCUGUUCACCUGUCCCAGCUGUAUCUCAAGAACAGGGUUAACCCUGAUUCAAUUUCAUGCACAGCUAUUGCCUGUGGAAAGCGCCAAGGUUUGCGGGGCGCCUACAUUAACCUCCAGAUGUUGAGUAAUAGUGGGGAUGUGGUUCUCGAUGUCGACACUCUUCGUUGCAUCAGUUAUAGCGAGCCCAAGUUGAAUAUCCAGCUGCAAUCCAAAGCUUUUAGCAGUCCAUUCACGAGGCUAACGUGGAAGCCUGACAUUCGUACAUUAACCAAUCCCCAGCUACGUCAGAUCUUCCCCUCGCCUCCGGAAAACAACGACGGAAUUGCGCCUCUCGAACGUGCGGAUAUGAUUGCCGGCUUGGUGCUGGUCGACAUAUACGACACCUUUGUCCGCGUUGAGGAUCGAGUAGAACCGCGUGGAGAAUUGCGCCACUGGGUUGACUGGUGCAAGCACUGCGUUGAGCAGGACCAGAGAGAGAAUAUGACCAGAUCCAGACACAUUUCUUUUGAUGAGCGUCAUAGAUUACUACAAGCACUAUACAGUGAAGCAGGGGACAGUCCUGAGGCCAAAGCCGCGAAACGCCUGCAUGAAAACAUGGGACUUAUCCUCAGCGGACAAAAGACCGGUCUCGAUAUCCUCGUCCCCGACGGUCUACUGACGGCACUUUAUGAAACGGGACCCUUCAUCAUCGGUGCGUACCCUCAGUUAUUCAAUACCCUAGAUUGCCUCGGUCAUGCCAACCCCAACAUGCGCAUUUUGGAGGUCGGGGCCGGCACAGGCGGCGCAACGCGCGUGGCCAUGAAGGCGCUUGUGGGUGCGAAUGGCAUCAAGCGCUAUGCCGACUACACAUUCACCGACAUCUCCGCUGGGUUCCUCAACACUGCGCAGGAGUCCAUGUCGGAAUUUAGCGAUGUCAAGUUUUCCGUCUUGGACAUUGAGCAAGAUCCGGUGGAGCAGGGAUAUGAGCCCGCUUACGACGUCGUUCUGGCAUCCCAGGCGAUCCAUGCGACCACUAGCAUGGACAGAACCCUGGCAAACUGCAAAAAGCUUCUGAAACCUGGUGGAAAGCUCUUGCUGGUUGAGAGCACACGCAUGCGAGUUCUUCCUGGUCUCCUGUAUGGUACAUUGACCGGGUACUGGUUGGGUGUCUCGGAUGGCCGUUCAGAAGGACCUUUCAUGGAUCUUCCAGCAUGGGACUUGCGCCUGCGAAAGGCCGGUUUCUCUGGGACUGAAUUGUUUUUGGAUGACUAUCCACAUCCGCACAAUACGACGUCUGUCAUAGUGUCGACUCUGGUCAGUCCAAGCCCUAAUAGCACUGUCGUCCAUCUCCUCCAUGGUGAUCAAGGUGUACCGCCUCUCCUGAGCCGUCUUUCCCAAGAGUAUGCGCUCAGGGGUAUUUCAACUACAAUUUAUCCGCUUGACAAGGCGUUAGAGGUAGUAUCGCCGAACUCGCGCGUCGUGGCCUUUUUGGAAGGCAAGAACCUCUUGCUUGAUGCCAAUGAAGGCCGUCUGCAGCUUUUCCAGCAUCUGGCCCAAAGCACAAAGUGCAUGACAUGGCUGACGUCUUGCGGAAUUGUCAAGGGCCGCGAUCCUGACGGGGCUUUUGUUACUGGACUCUUGCGGGCGAUUGGCACGGAGAAUCCUGCCAGCCGAUUUUUAUCCGUAGACAUCGACGCCCAGAACUUCGAUAUUCAAGAUGAGGACCUGGUCCGCAACAUAGUCGAUCAUGAGGAUGCCCUUCAGCGUCCCACGGCUGACGGCGAGAGUGAAGAUCGUGAGUUUGUCUGGCAGGACGGCUGCAUGUGGGUGAGCCGUGCCGUUCCAGAUACCGGAUUGGAGCCAUACGCCAACACACUUGAAACUCCUACGAACCGCGGCGCCAGUCUUCUUCCCUUGGACAGUCAAGGUCCCGUGCGAGCUGCUUUCGAGACUCCCGGUAUCCUUAGCUCUCUGUACUUCCGGCCUUAUACAGAACUCUGGCAGCCUCUACCACCGAAUUACAUCGAGGUCAAGGUCAGCGCGGUAGGCCUCAACUGGAAGGACUUGGGCCUUACAUCCGGCCGAUUCGAUGCCAAUGGUAAUAACCUGUCGUCUGAAUAUGCAGGUAUAGUCACCAAAACGGGUACAGACGUGGUAGGCUUCUCCGUUGGCGACCGCGUGUACGGCAUGGGGAGAGGGCACUUUGGUACCCACACGCGUGUUCCAGCGGCGUUUGCGCAAAAGCUGCUAGAUAGCGACAGUCUAAUCGAGGCAGCCACAAUACCUGUGGUGUUCAUGACUGCUGUCUAUGCGUUCGAUCAUGUCGCUCGUCUCCGGAAGGGGCAGAAGGUUCUGAUCCAGUCAGCUUCUGGUGGUCUAGGGCUCGCAGCUAUCCAACUUGCCCAGUCCAAGGGGGCAGAUGUUUUUGCCACAGCUGGUACCGAAGAGAAGAUCCAAUUCCUGACCGACUCCAUGGGUAUUCCAUCCUCUCAUGUGUUCAGUUCGCGGGAUCCAUCCGCCUUAUCGCGAGCAGCUAGUGUGACGGGCAAGGGCGGGUUCGAUGUUAUUCUCAGCACUGUCGUUGGGGGAGAGCUGCUGUAUGAGUCUCUCAAGUUCCUUGCACCCAUGGGCCAUCUGAUUGAUGUGGGUCGGUUAGAUGUGCUGGACUCGAAGACAAUUGGUCUUGAGCUAUUUCAGAAGAACGCCAGCUUUUCCUCGUUUGAUCUUAACCUUAUCCUGGACCACGACCCCGAACUCGGUGGACUCCUGAUGAAGACGGUGAAUAAUCUUUACCUUGCCGGACAGAUUUCUCCCAUCCGGCCAUUUUCAGUAGCCGACGUUUCCAAGCUUGAUCAAGUCCUACUUGCAUUCUCUAAGGGGGCCCAUAUCGGCAAGAUGGUGGUAACCUUCGAGAACCCAUCCUCUGUAGUCAAGAUCAUGCACGGACCUCCAGCGACAAAGUUCGAUCCCGAAGCACGCUAUAUUAUUACCGGUGGGCUUGGAGGCCUCGGGCGUUCCAUUAUACGGUGGAUGGUCGAGCAUGGUGCUCGAGACUUUGUCAUCCUGUCUCGACGGGGUAUCAGCACCCCCCAGGCGCAAAUGAUGGUUGACAAACUGACAACUGACGGGAUACGCAUCGCGGCAAUAGCCUGCGACAUAAGUCAACGAGACCAAGUCUUCAGCGCGAUUCAGCACGCCGCAUCUAACCGACCUGUCCGCGGCUUGAUACAUGCAGCCCUUUCAUUAUCUGAUCUUUCCUUUGACAAGCUCACUAUUGACCAGUGGCGAGCCGGCACUGCGGCCAAGACGCAGGGGACACAGAACCUGCACGAAGCGACCAUCUCCCUGCCACUCGACUUUUUCAUCAUGACCACAUCCACGGAGUCUAUCUGGGCUCCUCCCACACAGAGUGCCUACGUCGCCGCCAGUAAUUUCCAGGAUUUCUUCGCCCGCUAUCGCCGCCAGCUGGGGCUGCCCGCUUCGACAAUGGCAUUCGGCCUCGUCAACGACGUGGGAUCCGACUGGCGUCACGGUGCCUCCGGCACGGUCGAAAUGUAUUCCCGCAACAAAGCCCUAACGAUGACAGAGCACCAAGUCCUCGCCCGGCUGGAGCCCGCAUUCGUUAAUUUUGCUGGGAAUGGUUCAUCGUUGCACAUAGGCCAGGACCAUGACCCGCUAUCUGUCGCCAACUGUUUCACCUGCCUCGAUCCCGCCGCCAUGGCUGAUCAACAGCGAGAUGAAGCUGAGCGCGGUAUACCCUCGACGACAGUGCCCCGAUGGUACGCUGACGGACGCGUUUCACUGAUCAUCCGUGCCAUGAAGGACACCCAGCGACAUGUAGGCGGUUCCGACGCAGCGCAGGACGCAGGUAGCGGAGGCUUUAAAUCGGCAAUCUCCCUUCUACGUACUGCAUUUGACGAGGCGGUCAAAGCCGGACCUGGCGAGCGCGACAAGACGGUGGAGUUGGUGACCACCGCCAUCGUGACGGCUGUCGCGGAUAUGUUAUUUAUUGACGCGUCGAGUGUAAAUAUUUCCAAGAGUGUAGCUGACCACGGCGUCGAUAGCUUGAUUGCGGCUGAACUGCGCAACUGGUUCCAUCAGGCAUUGGGGACGGACCUGCGGAUGCUGGAUUUGUUGGAUGCCCAUACAAGCAUCCGAGCACUGGCAACUGGCAUCGUCGACAGAGAAUUGCAGUCUAUCCAGUCAGUGAGUGGGGCGGCUUGA